UCCGUCGCCUAUAGGUAGAUGUACAUGUCAAUCACGCUCUGGGCGUUCCCGCAGCUCAACCAAACUUGACUCAACCAGCCCGCCUCCCGGACGCGCCCAUCUCCUCCACCUUGAACAGCCAUUGCUAAAUACAUGUCCCGCCUUUUCACCUGCGCGUCUAACAAGUUUGUCCGCAAUGAACAUUCCGUUAAAAUCCUGUCGUGUGGGACAAUGAGAAGGAAAUCUGCGUUUGAGGCCAGGAGAGCAGCGCGAUUUAAAUCGGCGGAGCGGUGCGACGCGACGCUUCAGAGGGCCGCUGUUUGCAAACAGUGUUCGGGGUGCCUUGAAACAGCCGCCCGAAGAGCCGGCGUGUGGUGGUGGGGAGGGGGAGCCUUGAAACGGCCGACAGGAGAGACCUGGCUGGGAGGGACUUGAAACAGUUGCCUGAGGAGAGGAGGGAGGGGGCCCUCGAAACAGCCGGCUGAAGGCGCCAGGCUUUUUUGUACCGGCGGAUUUUUAUUCACCUUUAAAGAAACCUUAAAGAGCGCCCGGCGGUCCCGCCUCCUCCUGAGAGGCCCCGGAUCAAUGGCGGCGCCGGCUGUGGCGGCCGAGGCCGGGUCCGGGUCCGGCGCCGGGGAGCUGCCCAGCAUCUUCGCCCCCGAGCAGGACGGCGAGCUGGACGAGGAUGUCAAUGGUGAGCUGGAGCCCGACUUGGCGUCCAAGUUUGUGUUGGUGAGCCCAAGUGCGGAGCAGUAUGACUGCUUGCUGAAGCAGCUGAGAGAGCGAGUGGAUGAGGGGUGUGGGGAAACCAUCUAUGUGAUCGGCCAAGGCUCUGAUGGCAAGAAAUAUGGACUGAAUGAUGAUGACAUAGAAGCAUCUGUGGCGACCGUCAAGAGUCUGUCUGAGCAGAUCUACUCUGAUCUAAUUCUUCUCCGUGAACGUCAGGAGGCGGGUGGGAAAGUGGCUGACUACUUGGUGCGCAAACGAGUUGGGGAGAAUGACUUUUUGGAGGUCAGGGUGGCAGUAGUUGGGAAUGUAGAUGCCGGUAAGAGCACAUUGUUGGGUGUCUUAACGCAUGGCGAACUCGACAACGGACGAGGAUUUGCACGGCAGAAACUUUUCCGGCACAAGCAUGAGGUUGAAUCUGGGCGGACAAGCAGUGUCGGCAACGACAUUCUGGGCUUUGACAGCACUGGCGAUGUGGUGAACAAGCCAGACAGCCAUGGUGGAGGGCUGGAUUGGACAAAAAUCUGUGAGAAAUCCACCAAAGUCAUCACCUUCAUUGAUCUAGCAGGACACGAAAAAUACCUGAAGACGACUGUGUUUGGAAUGACAGGGCACUUACCAGACUUUUGCAUGCUGAUGGUUGGCAGCAAUGCUGGAAUUGUGGGAAUGACAAAAGAGCAUCUGGGACUGGCACUGGCACUCAAUGUUCCUGUCUUUGUCGUGGUGACUAAGAUCGACAUGUGUCCAUCCAAUAUCUUGCAGGAAACGCUAAAGUUGCUGCAGAGGCUGCUGAAGUCCCCAGGGUGCAGGAAGAUCCCAGUCCUGGUUCAAAAUAAGGACGAUGUGAUUGUAACGGCAUCAAACUUCAGCUCUGAGAGAAUGUGCCCGAUUUUCCAGAUCUCCAAUGUGACUGGAGAGAACCUGGACCUCUUGAAGAUGUUCUUGAAUCUGUUAUCGCCACGGACAAGCUUCAAAGAGGAUGAACCAGCAGAGUUUCAAAUAGAUGACACCUACUCUGUUCCGGGUGUUGGAACAGUGGUAUCUGGAACAACACUACGAGGUCUGAUUCGGUUGAAUGACAUUUUGCUGCUAGGACCUGACCCCCUGGGAAACUUCAUACCCAUCGCAGUGAAGUCCAUCCACAGGAAACGAAUGCCGGUCCGUGAAGUGCGAGGUGGCCAAACUGCUUCCUUUGCUCUGAAGAAGAUUAAGCGAUCGUCCAUCCGAAAGGGCAUGGUGAUGGUAUCUCCGAAACUGAAUCCUCAGGCUUCCUGGGAGUUCGAGGGAGAAAUCCUGGUGCUACACCAUCCGACAACCAUCAGUCCCCGCUACCAGGCCAUGGUGCACUGUGGCAGCAUCCGGCAGACGGCCACCAUUCUAUCCAUGAGCAAAGACUGUCUGCGCACAGGGGACAAAGCCACUGUUCACUUCCGCUUCAUUAAAACUCCCGAGUAUCUGCACGCCGAUCAACGCCUCGUUUUCCGAGAGGGCCGGACCAAAGCUGUGGGGACUAUAACUAAGCUAAUCCAGACAACGAACACGUCGCCCUCCAACACCAAACCGCUCCAGCUGAAGAUGCAGUCGACAAAGAAAGGCACCACAGUGAAGAAGGAGGAGGUGCCGGCAGCAGCAGGCUUGACCCUUGAGGAGGGUCUGUCCUCGGGACAGGCAGCAGCCCUGCACACACUGAACCAACCUCAGAUGCCUUCAGAGGAGGAUAAACAUAACUGGGAUGUUAAUAAGGAAAACAAGCCCAAGACCAGUGGAGGCAGAAGGCGAGGAGGACAAAGGCACAAGGUGAAAUCCCAGGGAGCUGCUGUGACUCCAGCCAGUGGUUGCUAGAUAGGUCAGAAAGUGACUGUGCAAGGCAAGGAGAUGUGUCUCCUUCCGUCUUGGUCACUGCUUCCCUAACCCCUCCCCCAUUCUCCUUCCCUCCUUUCCUUUCCUCCCCUGCCUCUGGGCAGGGCAAAACCAAGCCUCAACCUUCUCAGAAUUAUUAUUAUGGAAGUCUAGAACCAAUUAAGUGACAUGGGAAUUGUUACCUUUUUUUAAAAAAAGAAAAAAUUUUUUUGGAAUGGAUUUUAAAUUUUUUUUAAACCAUUUGCCUAUGGCUGAUGUCAGUGUCAACUUAAUGUCUCUUGAAUUUUGUGCAUGUGUUGCUUUUUUGAUAUAAAGAUGUUUAAGUAAUCAAACACUUGCUCUAGUGAGUUUGAAGAAUGCAAGGGAAAUGCAUCCUGGUUGUUUUAUUCCAGUAUUAAUUUUAAUUUGUACUGACCACCUUUUAUUUUAAUCAGACUCUCACAGUUCAUUUAAUCUCUGCUGUGACUGAAUUAUUUAUUAAAGAUAUUGGGUCAGUUUUAUUCUAUUACUUUACAAGGAGGUUGUAGUGACCUUUACAGAUCUCUGUAAUUAGUCCCAUAUUGUGGUCAUAAAAACCUGUUACUUAGAGAGAGGAUGAAACUAUAUUGUUUAUAUAGACUUGAUCGUCAGAUCUCUGCCAAAUGCCAAAAUUGUCAUUUGGGAUGUUGUAGCCAUCAUUAUGGCUGCAACAGGAUUAAAAUGUAUCUAGGUCUCCCUAAAAAUAAAUAUGAUUUGUGGGGUGGGGGGGGAAGUAAACUAUUUUGGAGAGGACUUGUUACAAGCUACCCCCUGAUGAGUAGCUGUCUAUUGAUCUUGAUCAGAAACACAAGCUGCUUUGUGGGAUCUGGGCUGGUUUGGGGGAAUUUGAUCAGCUUUUGUCCUGUUCCUUUGGUGGGGUUGGUGGGCUGAGGUUUCAAUUCAAUAAGGCCCAGUCUUUGAGAUGAAUGAUUCUCUUUCAUCUCUGGCAUAUACAAGACCUGAUUCAUCUCCAAAUUGUAAUGAACCAAAGAAAGAUGGUGCUGAUUAAGCUGGGAAUGUUUGUUAUCCCUACCAAAAUCUUGCAAACCAUCUUCACCAGACACCCUGCCUGCCUCCCACUUGAGCUGAAUGUAGCAAAAUCUGUGUAGUUGGUGAAGCCCUUUUGAAACCUCUGUAUGAUUGGUACUCAAUCCAAAAGGGUGAGGGAGUAAAAUGUCGGGAGCUGUUCAUAUUAUAUACCCAAUACUGUGACAGGUGCUUAUGCCUGGAAUGCUGACAGAAUCUAAGUGCUUUAUUUUACCAACACUUUUUUUUCCUGUGUCUUUAAAUAUUUACUAAUAACCAGUAGCUUGUGCACAGGCUGUUAAGUGCACUCAGUCUUGAACAGGGUCUAAAAGCUCCAAUCCUGUUUUUGUGCUUUCUCAUACUGUUAGAAUAUUCCACCAGCACUAGGGGUCAGUCAUGCACACAGCAAACAAGCAGCAAAGGUAUACAAAUUGUUUUGGGAAUGUUUUCUGCAGCUGUAGUUCCUGGUGCUGAUGUUGGAUUAAUUCAGUAAGGGCCAAAUUCAAUAUACAAGGUCCUAGUGCAGCUUAUUUAUUGUAUUACAAUCCAAUGGUCAUAGAGGCUUUAGAGUCAAUUGGAACUGCCAGGCUGCCAUAUCUCUAUCAUUUCGGAGAAAAUGGCCCCCCUCGACCUCUUCCAGUAACGUUCAAACUUAGAGGCAUGUUGAGAAUGAUCACCACCAGAGGGCUUCAGCCCUUCCCUUUCUGUUCAAGGACAGGGCAUUAUGCUGUAUUCAUAAAUAAAAUUGUUCCAUCUCAUCGAGCUGUUGGCUCAGUUUGGUCCAAUGAGAAAUUUCUUUGAGGUGUUUGAACUUGACAUCCACACUUUGUGCAGUGUUGUCCAAUGCAGUAGCCAAUUGAGAAUCUAGGUUAUCGGAAUGACUAAAGCAUUCAUUGAUCCUGAUGCUCUGUACUGUAAUUGUCAACCUCUUGUGAUAAAAGGAAAAAAGUACUUUAAGCAAAGCUAUAAAGCAGCCACAAUGAUCAAUGAGUGGUAGGAGAUAUUCACAGGUGAAGUACGUGUUUGAAUAUUGGGUAUUUUAAUGUUUGCAUUUGGUUAAGUUGGGAUUUUCUAUUGGACAACACUGCUUUUGAACAUGUUGUUUUAGCUUCAUUGUUCAGAAAUGAGAAUUGCUUGGGUUGAAAAUCUAAUAGGACAUUGUAUUAGAUCUGCAAUCAGUUUGUUCAUUAAUAACAUGAUCUGAACAUAACCAGGGACAGCCAAAGCAGGUUGAUUUCUUCUGUAGUUUCUGUAACAGCCAUUGUACUAAAAUCUUCACUUCUAUAGUGCCUUUCACUGCCUUGAUCCUAAAGCAGCUUUUAGUGAAAUAAGAAAUCAAUGCAGCAAACUCUCAAACAGCUAUGAAGGAUAAAUAUUGGACAUUCAGGAGUUUAAUACUUCCUGAAACAAUGACACUGAAAGAGGAUCCAUCUGGCAGGUUUGAUGCAACAAAAUGAUCAGCUGCUGAUGGACCAAUACCUUAUGCACCUUUUUGCUGUCAUUAUUAUUGCUAGCAUCUUUCUAUGAAAUUUAAGUUAGCAGAGUGAGUGUGGACUCUUUCCAGAACCCAGUGAUUGUUGGGUCUGUAGAGAAAGAGACUUCCAUGGUUUGCUCAAAGCAUAAGAACGCACCUCUUGAAUUUCAUAAUGAUUUAAUACUUCCCUUCACUGAAAAUCAGCACUUGUUCACAUCAUCAUAGUUCAGACCAUGAUUUCCAGAGGGUUAGUGCAAUAAUCUGACCAAUACUGUGUAUUCAACAGUGUAUCUGAAUAGACUUCCAUCAAAAGCCUGCAUGCAUGCUAAAUUGC